UCACGCCCUCUCAAACGGCUUCAUCCUUCGGCAGCAAAAGUCUCGUUCAUCUGGCAGACGUACCUCGACGUAAUCGAUCCUCUUGUCAAGGUCUUCCACAUUCCCUCUGUGCAACGAUAUAUUAUGAGCACAAUCGAGGGCCGAGAAGCGGUUGACCCAUGCACAAAUUGCGUGGUGUUUGCCAUCUACUAUGCCACAGCGAUAUCGCUGUCGGCAGCAGAAUGCCGCCAUGAACUGGAGGAAGAAAGACCAGUUCUUCUACAGAGAUAUCGAGAGGGGCUGGAGCUAUCUCUCGACGCAGCAGACUUAUCGACUUCUCAGGAUAUCAUUGUUUUGCAGGCGUUCGUUUUGUACUUGGUAAUAUCCCUGGAUCAAAGCAUCUGA